CUACUACGACCAUAGAGUACCAUACGUCUUUUUUUUUCGAGGCCAGUUCCACGCGCGACGGCAUAGAUCUGGUCGAUCAUUUAUCGAAUCCCUCACAAUGGCUGCACUCAGAAUUCCUGUUAGGCUGCUCGCCAGAAAUUCCGCACAACACUCCAGCGUUCUCCGCAAUCGCGCCGCUUUUCUUACAGUUUCGCAACAUGUCCGUCUACAUUCCUCCGAAUCCUUACCGAGAAUAGCACAAGCAUCAACAUGGAAAGCGAUUAUGCCAAAGUUCCUGCGAGAUCCCGAGACACUUGGUCAUCAGAAAAAGAAAUCAAUCGAAUCGCGGGAAUGGAAUCCAGCAACGUUUUUUAUUGUCAUAUUCAUUCUCAUCGGCUCGCAAGCUAUCCGAUUACUGCUUCUGAAGAAGGAUUACGAGGCAUAUACUAGAAGUGCAGAUGCGAAAAUAAAACUUUUGAAAGAGGUCAUUGAGAAGAUUAACAAUGGGGAGAAGGUGGACGUGGAAAGACUGCUAGGAACCGGGGACGCGCACAAGGAGAGGGAAUGGGAUGAAGUUCUACGUGAAAUCGAGGCAGAAGAUUCCCUGUGGCACCAAAAGAGGUCCGAAAAAGACGCUCAAGCGCCAGCGCAGACUGAACCUGUCGUACAAGAACAGCCCGCUGAACAGCGUGCAAAGGGAGGCAUAAGAUCACUCUUCUUCCGCACGAAGUCAUCCGAAAACGGACAGGAGAACAAUGUCGAAGAGGCAGACGACAAGAAAGACAAGAAUCAGCCCCGAAAGCCCGUGUUCUUCUAAGCGCCGACAUAUUUUAUUUAUUCCAUUGCGGUCGUAAGAAGGUCUGCUUCUCAUACCAUUGAUAGAUAGCUCGACCGGUGAAUCCGGAUCACUCUCCGUCGGCCUUUCCCUAUGAUGACUUUGCCAAGGGGAGAGGAGAUGGACACAGCCAGCUUUUUCCGGGAUGAUGAAUCUCUCGAG